UUUGUAAACACUCUCCUCUUCGUCAGUGUCACUGAUACCCCCCCCCCCCACACACACACACACACUCUCUCUGUCACAAUGUGCUUCAGAACAGACGUGGGGAAAACAUAGAGGAAAGAAGCAAGCAGUGUGGAUUUCUUGUGAUCUCAAAAAGACUCGAGCCUCAUGUGGCGAAUGAGGUCUCAUGGUUGGAGCAUGCCAUGUGUUAGAGCGGUAAGGCAGUGGGAGAUCAGGCCCACGUCUGCUCUGUGGGGGAUCAGACGCACCAGGGCCCUGAUGUGGCAGCGGCUACGGGGAAUGGUCCGGGCUUGCCGGCAUAGUGUGGGAUACUCAGUGAACUACAAUGACCCGGUCGCAGAGGAACAGGAGAUGGUGUGCCUUGAGCCCAUGGGAUCAGAGCGGAUGGAGAUGCGAAAGAGGCAGAUGUCGGUGCAGCAGGAGUCGGCAGCGGGGGGAACUGCACCGGCCCAGCAGGGCCAGCCGGUCCAGGCCAACCCACGGGGCUCAAAUGCAUGUUGCUUCUGCUGGUGCUGCUGCUGUAGCUGUUCCUGGAAUGAAGACCGUGAUGAAAGGAACCGAAAGGCUUCUUAUGACGUCAAGGAAGGGACUGCAGACUGUGAAGACUGCCCGAAGCCCACGCUGGAGGACGUGCGCUUGUGGGGGCAGUCGUUUGACAAGCUAAUGUGUUGCCCAGCGGGGAGGAACUCCUUCCGACAGUUUCUUCGCACCGAGUUCAGCGAGGAGAACAUGCUCUUCUGGUUAGCCUGUGAGGAGUUCAGCAAAGACCCCAAUAAGAGUGCGGUAGAGGAGAGGGCUCGGGUCAUCUAUGAGGACUACAUCUCCAUUCUCUCGCCUAAAGAGGUGAGCCUUGACUCCCGUGUGCGUGAGACGAUCAACAGGAACAUGCAGGAACCCAACUUGCACACAUUUGAAGAUGCCCAGCUGCAGAUCUACACGCUAAUGCAAAGAGACUCGUAUCCCCGCUACAUGAACUCCGCAGCCUACAAAAACCUGCUCAAUACUCUGUCAGAGCAGUCCCCUGAAUCGUAGGGUGGUGAUGACCUGAUAUUUUAACUCUCUUUAUCCCCCCCCCUCCCUCCCCAUCCUUAUUCCCUUUUUUUAACUUUUCUUUAUAUGUUCAGUGUAGGAUUACAUGAACCGGGCCUCUGGCCCAGCCCCUCCCAGGGAUCUCAGCGCUAUCGUGAUCUGCACCUGACUGAAGACACUCAGGUCUCAAAAUCUCCCGAGGGCUCGACAUCACAAGUACUGCUACAGAUCAACAUAGCAAAACACUCCAAAGGAAUAUGAAUACAUUUUGUUUCCGUUUUUUUUUCUUUUGAUAGAAAUAAUCUAUUUUAUUUGUGUUCAGUUUUUUAUGGUCUGUUGUUUUUUGUAUGAUUGUUUGGGGGGGAAAUGAUUCCUACUGUAGACUAUAUAUAUUUAUGAGUUUGUAAAUAGUAAAAAUUGAAUUGUGGGUAUUUUAUGUAGAAAAAACGCCUGGUUCUAUUUACUGCGUAUGAAAAUCAAAGCUCAAGUCAAAGGCUACGUGUUAGCUCUACUUGCAGGCAGCUUUGUGGGGUAUUGUAUGAUUUUACCUUGGUUUCACCCUGUUUUGUUACCUAGCCUCACACUUUGGUACCUUUGACCGUGACUUGGCAACUCCAGUUAGUGUAGAAACUGUGCGUGAGUGAAACUGCUGUAAGUGUGGUUAUCAGUGAAGUAACAGAAAGUGACGGUAUCUCUUGUCACGGUGUGCAGUUUGUUUCCAUAAGCAACUGAAGUCAAUGAUGGAAGGGUAUUUGAACUUUCUUUACUAAAUCUUAACCACAGAAGAUUACCUAUUCAAGACAGCUUUAUUUUAUUCAAGUGUUACUCAAUGCACACCUCAUAGGUUUAAUAUAGUUUACCAGUGGGACAUAAGAACCUAAGUUAUUCAAUUUACCACAUAAAGUAUUUUUGUAAUAUCUAUUGCCAAUACAGAAAAAAACAUCAAGUACAAAUGAUAUUCCUAUGGUGGAAUAAACUAUACUGUUAAGUCACUGUUAGAAAAUGUAGAAAUAUGGGUUUAUUUUAUGGGUCCGUAAUUUCCUAAUAAUUUCUGGAGUUUCGAAAGUAAUUUGCUACUGAUUUUGGGUGGAAAUAAGAAUUUCCUUGAAAGAAAUGCCACCUUUAAACCCAAGUAAAUAUUAAUUCAUUAUACAUGCAUGAUUGAAAACUUUAAGGAAGAGGACGACAUUUUGGGAAAGAUGCUUAUUCGCUUGCUAGAGUUAGAUGGGAGGAUUUAUACCUUUCUCAUAUCUGUUCACUAAAUGUAAAGCUACAGCCAGAGGCUGGUUAGCUUAGCACAAAGACUUAAAACGGGGAAACAGCUAGUCUGCCUCUGUAUAAAGGUAACAACAUCUACCUAUCAGCAGCUCUAAAGCUCGAUAAUUAACACGAUAUCUCAUUUGUUUUAUCCUAGCUAGCCGUUUCCCCGUUUCUAGUCUUUAUGCUAAGCUAAGCUAACUGUCUGCUGGCUGUAGCUUUAUAUUUAUCAUAGAGUAAUUAAAGUGGAAUUGAUUUUCUUAUCUAACGAAAGCAGAUAAGGAUAUUAUUACUCAUAAAAUAAAGUGUCAUUGAACUUUGCGAGAUUUUGACUUAAAUCUUACCUGCAAUAUGAAAUUGACUUCUGAUUGAAAUUGAUGCUGGGGUCCGGCCAGGUCAAAAGCAGCACCAAAGCUACCAUGUAAACUGUGUUUAUACCUUUGACGAGAGCGUUUCCAUUGACUAAAAUUGGAGUUGCCAAGUAUUAAAAACUUUUAUAUAUUCUGAUAGUUUUAGUUGAAUUACUUUGUUGCCUCACAAACAUGUCACUCAAAGACAAGAUCCUCACAUGGGGAAGUGCCUUCACAUUCAAUUUUAUGACAUCUUUCUCAUGGGCAACAGAUGUCUUGCCAUAAGGGUGGUUACUGGAGCACGAGGCCAGUUUACUGGAAAUUGUCCCUCUCCUUGGCCAAAUUAUCGCAUGUGUUUUGUCUUGAUUUCUUAGUCAUGACUACAUCGGUCCGUUUUGGUAGCGCUACCAAACAGUAUGGCGGAGCGUGAUGGCAACACAUUUUUAUUUGCUCAAGACAAGAUCAUUGGAUAGGGCUGUUUGGUCUGAACGUCUUGCCAACCUGUGUGCUUCAUUGUGGCACUUCUACUUGUCUUAGAGUUAACUUUAACUUACUAUGUGCAAUUUGAGCUGAUGGAUACACCACGCAGAUCAACCUCAAAACACAAUCUAAGCCAAUGGUUUGGAGUGAUGCCUAUACUUGGUUCUUUCUUCUUCUGUUUACUAUAUGAAAUGUGUUAUUUUGCGCUGAGUUUACUGAAGAAUAGAUUUAAAAAAAAAAAAAUAAUAAUGUGAAUGUUUACAGUAUAUGGUUUAGGUUUUUUUCUGCUACUCUCCAAGAAAAUAAUGACUUGUGGGCAUUUUGAUUGAGAUAAAAUAAAGCACAAUCAUUUUA